GAUUGCCUCGCGGCCGGGGUAAGAGGAGCUUGGGUUUUGGAAAAGCGGUUGGUGGAGGACCUGAAGAAGCGCCCCGGACCGGACCGCGACCGGAAGCCCCCAGAACAGUGUGCUUUUUUGGACCAUGUGCUGCUAUGUAUACCUGAAGUACUUGAAAUGUAAAUUUGGGGAGAUUUUGCCAUCUAAAUGCUUGACUGGAUUAAGCGCCUAAUUAGGAUGGUUUUUCAGCAAGUUGGAGUAAGCAUGCAAUCGGUACUUUGGUCUGGGAAGCCAUAUGGUUCAUCUCGAAGUAUCGUAAGGAAAAUUGGCACUAAUUUGUCUCUGAUUCAGUGUCCAAGAGUUCAGUUUCAGCUUACCAGCCAUGCAACAGAAUGGAGUCCUGACCACCAAGAAGAAGAUGCGGUGGCAUCUUUUGCUGAUGCUGGCUGGGUAGCCAAAGAAGGUGGAGAGUGUUCAACAAGAUUAAGGACAGAGGUCAGGUCAAGACAGCCGCUUCAGGAAGAUCUUCCUUUCUUUGAGAAGCCCCCAAGCAGGCAUAUUUCCUUACCAAACCUGUCUCAAGAAGAGCCUCAAUUGAGGACAACAGCACUGGCGAAUGAGGAAGCACUACAGAAGAUCAGUGCCCUUGAAAAUGAACUCGCCACUCUCAGAGCUCAGAUUGCCAAAAUUGUGACCCUGCAAGAGCAGCAGAAUCUCAUUGCAGGUGACUUAGCUUCUACCACAUCUGUUACCACAGCAUUACCUUCUGUCCCACCACCUCCACCUCCACCACCACCUCCCCUCCCUGCAACAGGGCUCCACCAAAGUACAUCUGCUAUUGAUCUGAUUAAAGAGCGAAGAGAGAAAAAAGCCAGUGCUGGAAAGAUCAAUACAAAGAAACCUGACAUGCCAAAUAUGCUAGAAAUCCUUAAAGAUAUGAACAGUGUAAAACUUCGGUCUGUUAAAAGGUCAGAGCAAGAUGUAAAGCCCAAACCAGUGGACCCUGCUGACCCUGCUGCCCUCAUUGCAGAAGCUCUGAAAAAGAAAUUUGCUCAUCGGUAUCGAAGCGAUAGCCAAAGUGAAACUGAAAAAGUAGUUCCAAAGUCAGAAUCAGAGACCACCUCAGGAACAAUGUUGUUUGGGCCACACAUGUUGAAGUCUACAGGAAGAAUGAAAUCUUUAAUUGAAAAUGUUUCAGACUCCUGAAUAGACAAUGAGUUGAGAAAGAUCAUCCUGGUUCACCUGUUGGUUUGUUAGGGCUAAGUUUGGUAGAAAUCAGCACUACUUACUAAAUUCCUGACUGUUCUAUUCAUUGGCCUCGUUGUAAAAAUAGAGGAUUAGGCAAUAACGAAAGAACGAAGUUAAUGAUUUUUGUUUUAUACUGGAGCUAUCCAGUAUUCUGACACAUUCUGUUCAGGUUUCCACUCUUGAAGAAAACAAUUGUAUACAUUUAAGAACUUAGGACAUUUGUGGAUGUUACUGAGUUUUUAAUUCCUAAACACUAAUUUAUCUGUACAAAUGUUUUAUAUGCCUAUACUUGGAUAUAAAACAAUUUAUAUAAAAAUUAGUAAUGAUGGCAGUGAGGGUACUGUUGUCCUCCUUCGUUUUCAGUGAUCAUUUACUACGCAAGGGUGGAACAGCUGGCGUGACGUAAGCUGAUGCAGUGGCAUGUUUGAGGAUGGUAUCUUCUUGCCUUAAACAGAACUUCCGUCUCUCUCACAUUGUCAUGGAUGUGGGGUUUGAGCAGGAUGAUGUUCACUGCUGAAAUUCCAGAAAGCUUUUAAAUUAAGGGGAGAUAGAGGACAAAGCUGUUUUCACCUCAGUGCCAUCUAGUGCUGAGGAGGAAAAUGUAGUUGUCAAGUAGUGAGGAAUCAAAUAUUCAAUUAAAUCCCUUUUAAAACAAAAACCAAAAUGUACCAUCUUCUUUUUUCCCUUUAAUAAAUGGCCUGGUAAAAUGA